UUCCCCGUUUCCAUUCACGCAUUCUGAAUUCCUGCCUGCUGAAUCCCUAAGCGAAUUCCCUUCAAGACCGUUCCUUGUAUAAACCCUAUUAGACCCUCUCUGCAAUUCACCAAGGUAUGUUACCAUUUCUUUCUUUCCUCUGCCUAAUAAUUUGUUUUUAUUUCUCCUUCCAAGUGCCGUGCCUGAGAUUCAUUUUCCACACCGCCAUAUCGUAGACCAUUCCCAUCUCUGACUUUCCAUUUACAUUAUUAUUAGAUGAUGUUGCGGUCAGCACUUAUACUAACGCCUCCCCCCGCACCCGUAAAUGUCUUCCCAGCCCGUGUCUUAACUACCCUUACAGCCCCAAAACCCGCGUAUCCAUUCCAUACCGUCUUUUUGUCUGUUGCGGCUCGAGAAACUAAGGAUAGCGCAUCAUCUGAAUUUCACAUGGAGGAACGCAACCACGUUACUAAGCGGUAAUCAGCAUCACUAAGGGGAUAGACAGUAUCUGGCUAUACAAUGUAAACUGCUGGUGUGUGUAUAUAGGAUGUAAGAAAGUGAAUUGUAACACGGUGGAGAUUUUCUUAGGCCGUUUAGUGCAAAGUCAGCCAUGUGGCCUAUAUGGAGUACUCUAACAUAACACUUCAGAUUGAAAGGAUAACCUCUGGGGAUUCUAUUCUAAAGGUUCAGUGUGAUGUAUUGAGAAUAUUGUUUACAAAACAUGCCUUACACCUGUGACUGUGGUUCCUGCAAUGAUUUUUAUAAGUCAAUAUUGUGGCUAAGUUAUUCCUCUGUGGAUUUUACUUGAAUUUACUGGUGAGGUUUUGCAUCAGGAAUCUUUCCCCAUGAGGAGAAACUGGGAGAACAAGGAGAUAUUAAACUUCUGUCAAAAAUUCCAGCUCAGGUGACUUAGGAUUAAGGAUUAAUACAUUUGGAGAGCUUGCAGGUACUAUUUCCAGCAAUUAAAAGCAUACAUUACACCAAUAUGAUUGAUAUUAUCAAAUAUUAUAAAACCCUAAAAAAUAAGGCCUUGGUGAUAAAGUUUUGGUGGCAAUCAUGAUAAUAAUUCCAUUCAACCAGCUUCAGGGAUAAAAGUCAGAUGAAUGACACUGUUUAAAAAUAAGAGAAACAUACAUUUUCAGUGAAACCUCUCUUAACAGACACCUCUCUAUUAAGGACUCUCUAUCAAGGACUAGUUUUGGUCCCAUAUUGGUUGUUUCAAUUCAAUUUGACCUCUCUAAUCAGGACACCUCUGUAUUAAGGACAGCACUUGUCAGUCCUGAGGGUGUCCUUAAUAGAGAGGUUCUAGUGUUGUUAUGUUAUCUGUUUGAAACUAUGGGUAAAUACGAUGUCAAGAAAACUCUGAAACAAUUAAUUCAUUUCUGCCAAACUGAACUUUCUGAGCAAACAGUAGAACUCUAUUAUAAAGGAAACCCUCUGGACUGACAUAGAGAGGUUGUCCUUAAUAGAGAGAUUCCGCUAAGGGAGGUUCCACUGUAUUUUCAACCAUAAACCUCUCCAUUAAAGACACCCUCGGGACUGACAAAUGCUGUAUUUAAUAGAGGGGUUGUCCUUAUUAGAGAGGUUCUGCUAUCAAAAGGGAGGUUCCACUGUAUUUUCAACCAUAAACGUCUCUAUUAAGGACACUCGGGAUGGACAAAUGCUGUUCUUAAUAGAGAGGUUCCACUAAGGGAGGUUCAACUGUAUUUUAACCAUAAAAGACACCCAUUGUCAUUGCUUCAGAAUGUGUGAUGUGGUGGAUCUCUAAAAAAUUAUGUGAAAGAAAUUUUGCCUGCUGGCAAUUGUUGAAAAAAGGCAUAAUGAAUAAUAAUCAAAGUUAAAUCAGAUGCCCUCUGGCAAUAUACCUCUGACAUGUCUGAUUAAAAUACAAUGGGUAAAAUACAAUGGGUUAGAUCAAGAUAUAACAAAUGUAUUAAAAUACAAUGUGUUGAGCAUGAAUCAGAAAGAAAAGUAAGGCAACUUGUUGUGCAUACAUCCAUUUGUUUUGUGACCUGUGGGUCAAUUGGGAUGAAUGGCUAAUGACUGUUGACUACUCUGAUGCUGCUGUGAUUGUAUUCAAUACCACUAAUUGGCCUGAUUGAAAAAUAUGCGCUUUGUGCGAGACGUGUCAUACAAGUUGAAUAAUUAACGAGGAAUAACUCUGAGCUGUAAUGAUGCUUUCUCUCGGUGUUGAAUGGUGCCUGCAGAAUAGUCAGUUAUUGAAUGGCGAGAGCAAGGUCAGUGGGAACACUUCAUUCUGAAAAUUCUGAAAAAUGUUUAAAUCUUUGCGGUUUUAAUAACCAUCAUUUUAGCUACAGAAUUGACAGAGAUAUAAUUGGUUGGAAAUUUCUAUGAAAAUAUGUUAGUUUGAAGUGUGCACCCUUGGAAGAUUGGUUGUAUAGACAUGUUUUGGUUGUACAGCAUCUAAAAUUCCUCAGUCAUACAUAUUAAAAUCAAUUUGAAUCGCAAUCACAAAUUCAGAGAACUCCUGCAUUACAUCACAGAUAUAUCAAGAGUUUCUUGAUAUAUGUAUGAGUACUUGUAUAAAAGAUAAGCGAUUUUUGAUGACCCUCUAUUUUGUAAGUUAUAAAAUAACUUUGAAAUCUAUUUGAAACAGUUUUAAAACAUUUCUAGAAAAAAAGCAACAGUCCAAAGAAUUCCCAGACUAGGAAACCUUUACACUCUUGCAAGGCAAUGAUAAUAAAACUGUGAUUAAGACAUUGGCUAAGAAAGUUAUGUAUACUUCUGGUUCGAAAUUUGGUUUCCUCCAAGGGAAGUGGAUAGCUGUCGAGAAAAUACAACAUUUCUCUAUAUAGGAUUGGAUGGACAUACUGUUUGGAUUAGAACAACUAGCAUACACUCAUAACACUGAUCAUUCUGUUGGUGGGUAUUAUUAUAGGAAUAUUCCUUUUCUAAGCAGCUUGCCCCACUACCUGUGAACUUCGAAUUUAGUUUUGAUGCUUUCCAGGUGGGUUUGAUGAAGAAUUUAUUGGGUUUGAAUAUCUAGAACAUUAAAAAUCAUCAAUCGUACCUUCAAGUAGGACUAGUGUGAGCAUUUCCACAUCUCUGCUUCAUAGUUAGUAAAACACAUGCACAUCCCUCGCUCUUUGUUUCAUUUGACAGUUGUCUUAGCAAAUUCAUGUUGGUCCCGAGUCCGUCCCCUUUCUUCCCAGGCUCCACUUCCAUGAAGCAUUCACUUCACGGUCUGGAGGAAGGAAGGCAUUGAUCUGUGAUCUCAAAUCUGUGGGCUGGUGCAAAAUAUUCUCAAAGGGAGAUGCAGGAGAAAUGUGAGAAAUAAUUCAAACUUUUCUCAACGUUUUUCUCCUUUAGACAAUGAUUGUAUAAGUCAUAUAAAGAAUUUGUAAAAACUAAUUCUUGUUCCUAUGAACUUCUAAUGCUGUUUUAAAGCUGUCUGGGUGCUAUCAUAGUCAAGCUAAACAUCAAAUAAGGUGAUGAUACAAAUAGUUUUCUUAUUGAGCAGCCGAUGAUGAGUUUUUCACAAAAUCGAAACUUGAAUGAAUGGUGUGUUCAGUCAUUCUCGACUGACUGACACCUGUCUUGUAUCUUAGGUAAUCUUGUGCUCAGUCCACCAAUGGUCGUAACUCAAUAUCUCUGUGUUUGACUCCAAGUGCCUACGUUUACCAUAGCAGGUCAUGUAGGCCUAGCACUUGCCUGUUUUUUUGGUUGAAAGAUUCACAAGGACAUUGGGUUCCUUAUCGUUUCCUUUUUGAAAACAUCCAAAAAUAUAUAUCAAAAUGACUCGAGGGUUAAUUUUCAACAUGUGUUUAUUUGGCCCAUAUUUCUGUCCACAAAUAAGCCUUAUCAUUUACCAAACCCCCGCCAGUCAUGGAGUCAAUAUUUAGAUAAAGCCAAGAUAAAUUUUAAUGGCAUGCAUCUGUCAAUUUCUUAUUUGAAUUAUUGAUUCGAUGCAAGGUAAACUUGAUAACGACUUUAUUGCCACAUUAUUUAUGGCUAAGUUUAUCAAAUGUAUGGUUCUUGGGGUAAGCCAACAAUAGUGUGGCCAGUUGAAAUCAAACAGAUUUCUAAGUUGUGCAAAUUGUUUCAAGAGCAAGUCCAUUGAUAAGAAAUGGAAUUAAUCACCAUGGCACUUAGGAUUGGACCAAAUUUGAUCCCAGUUUCAAUUGAUGUCUUCCAAGUGUUGAUCUUGUGCCACCAUUUUGUCAAAACUGGCGGAUCCAGAAAUUUGGGAGGGAGUGGGGGUGCAGCUCAACCUAGAGAACUCCGAUGGUGUGAUCUUGGAAAUGAGGAUGAGGUCGGGUCCUCCCAAGAAAUAUUAAGGAUAUUUUGGUGCCAAAUAGAUGUUUUCCAGGCAUCUGAGGUCUAAAAUAAGAAGCAGUCAUUGGCUUCUUUGGAGAGGUACCCUGAAAGAUUUUUGGUCUCUGUAAAAAAAGGGGGUGCUUUCCUCAUGCGUCCCCCAUCAGCCACCAAUUUUCUGUCUGCUGAAACUGCUUGGCACAGAGGAAGAGUCCUGCAAUUGGGAGUUCAUGGGUUAGUUAGAGGCUUGGUUAGUGCACACUCAGUCCAUCAAUUGGCCUGAAAUGGCUAAGCGUUUGUGGCCCCAGUAUGCGCGGUCCUUGGUUUCUGCAGAAAUGUUUAUGGUUAAGGCUGGGAAUGAGUGUGAAGCACUUUGAGACAACACAGUUGUUCAGUAUAAAGUGCUACAUCUUCUUCUUGUUCAGUGGUCGCUCUGCAUUGGAGGUGAUUUUCUCCAGGGAGUCCCUCCAUGAAGGCGGGAUGAGCGUCUUUGCGUGCCACUACGGUUGGGGGCCAAUUGGGUUCAUUUACCUCGUGGAUCCGACUUCGGUGAGAGGUUGAGUCCACGCAGGCUACUCAUGUUUCUCACUUGGUGGGGUCUUUAACCUGCCCUGGCAUAGGCACCAGAUACGAGGAGUCUCAGUUUUAAGUCUCAUUCGAGGGACUGUGAGGAGGCAGGAAUUUUAGUUCCUCGAUGGCCACGCCAGUUCAUCCAGAAAUUCAACCCUGGAUUCUCCCCGAGAUCGAAUCGGGCCCUUUAGCGUGGCAGCCAGCAGUGUUGACCACUAGGCUAUUGGUGGCACCUUAUAAAGUGCUACAAGAGAGCUUGAUUUCGUUACACUUCAUACAUCUUGGAUCAAACUUUCAUACGCUGUAUAUUCUGAGAAGAAUGUUCCCUAUUCCCCUGUCUGACUUAAUAAGUCAUUUGCAUGCAGUAUGGUCUCCCUCUUCUGUCAGAUCCCAUUAUUACCAACAUCGGCUUGCAUACCAACGGCGCGGUAACUGAAUAGCGAGAUUCUGCCCGCGUCUGGUGCCAGUUCCUUUAAUGACGUUGCCUAGAAACCGAGAUUUAUUUCGAAUUCAAAAGUAUGGGAUCGAUCAUGUCAGAUUUUCAAGAUUAAUUAAAAUAACACUGCAUAUUCUUUAACCCUCUGCUGGCGUAUUAUGAGAAGUGAGCAUCUGUGUCAUUUUCCUUUUCAUCGGUAAGAAUUGGGUUAUUCUGGAUGUCUGCCAUUCAUGUUUUGGAGCUGCACAGCUUGCGAGUGAGUUAUGUGUCAAUAUACACACGAUGCCCUGAGUCAGCUGAACGCCAUUUUAAUUUACCAAUAAUUUGAAGCGGGGUAGGAGAUCAACAGUCUUGAGUGUUUUGUGCACUUUUAUUGCCAGUUUGCGCGAAAAAAAUAUACAUAAAUUGGGUAGACACUAUUUUACAUAGUGCAUUCAAGCAUUUUUAGGGGUGGGGGAAAUAUGCCUAUCACCAAUUUCUUGUCUAUGAUGAUGUAUGAUAUAAACCCAUAUCAUAUGGGUUUAUGAAAGUGAAUUUUGUUUCUCCGUGUGUCUAUAGUUCGAAUAUGUCUUAAUUCAUUAUUUAUUGUGCCUAUAUACCUACAUGUAUGCUUCCUAUGAAGUUGUGUCAUGUUCAUGAUCUCGAUAAAUCGCUUUGUCACCUCAGUAAUGGUGUAUAUACUGUUAUGUUUGCACAUGCAUGACCAUAACCGAAUAGUCCUUUUGAGGUCAUUGUGACUACGCAUUCUUAUGGAAAUAAUUGACUCCAAACAUUUUGAAAAGUGAAUAGAUAUCAACUCUCUAUACGUUCAAAUCAUAUAUCUUUACUUUUACCUGGAUGUCAAAGCAUUUUCUACGGCUAUUAUUCCAUCUGUUGCGCUCGGUUGGACAGGUUUUAUCCUGACAGGUUUGAAAUUACAGAAAACGGUGUGUUGCAUCAAUCUUUUUGAUUUAAAUUCUAAAGGGGGGGGUGAAAGUCAUGUUGAAUUAGAGGUUCAGAUUUGGUGCGAUGUGUUGUGGUAUUUUGAAGGUAUUCUUCGUGUACUGUGCCUGUGUAUAGGCUUAUUUCAAGUCUUUCUUUUGGUGAUUCAGGUUUGAGAAGUCGUGUCAAAAUGUAAGGAUAUUCGGUUUUGUCUGUAGGGUCUCUGGCAAGUUCUCUCACGAUAUUGGCUUGGUGUAUUAUGUUUCAUAUAGGAUUGCAUGACCUCUUUGAAGUGACGUGCUUUGAUUAAGCAUUGAAUAUGACAGUUUGACUUCAAGAGUCAUUGUUCACAAAAGUGUCAUUUAUUUGGUAGUAUUUGUUGUCCCUCUAUCCUAGGUUUGCUCAAAUCUGGGCCUCAAAAUGUUGAAUGCAAUGAUGGCCUGGUUGGCAUCAGGGCAUAUAUGAUUACCAGAAAUAUCAUAACUGGUCAUUCCUGUGAUAAUUGCCAAGGAUAAUAUUAUACAAUUGUUCCAUUGUCAGUCCAGGAUCCAAGGUUGUUGUGGUGAUCAAUUUCUUAAUACCACCGUCUAAUAUUCAUGUAUGAAACCAAAGUUGUGUGGCUACUACGACAGAUGAAUAGUCUAAUAUUCAUGUAUGAAACCAAAGUUGUGUGGCUACUACGACAGAUGAAUAGUCUAAUAUUCAUAUAUGAAACCACAAAGUUGUGUAGCUACCAUCACAAAUGAAUAGUCUAAUAUUCAUGUAUGAAACCAAAGUUGUGUGGCUGCUAUGACAGAUGAAUAGUCUAAUAUUCAUAUAUGAAACCACAAAGUUGUGUAGCUACUAUCACGAAUGAAUAGUCUAAUAUUCAUGUAUGAAACCAAAGUUGUGUGGCUACUACGACAUGUGAAUAGUCUAAUAUUCAUGUAUGAAACCAAAGUUGUGUGGCUACUAUGACAGAUGAAUAGUCUAAUAUUCAUGUAUGAAACCAAAGUUGUGUGGCUACUAUGAUAGAUGAAUAGUCUAAUAUUCAUGUAUGAAACCAAAGUUGUGUGGCUACUACGACAGAUGAAUAGUCUAAUAUUCAUGUAUGAAACCAAAGUUGUGUGGCUACUAUGACAGAUGAAUAGUCUAAUAUUCAUGUAUGAAACCAAAGUUGUGUGGCUACUAUGACAGAUGAAUAGUCUUAUAUUCAUGUAUGAAACCAAAGUUGUGUGGCUACUAUGACAGAUGAAUAGUCUAACAUUCAUGUAUGAAACCAAAGUUGUGUGGCUACUUAAGAAUCAAAGCUGUCAUUCUAUCCAACUUAAGUGGGGCCGUACUGUGAUUGUGUUUGAUUAUCUGAUGCUUGUCCUCUCUAUCUGACGGAGUGGUUUAUGGUUGGAAGAAUCCUCAUCCUUUUUAUCCAUCCUCUGUUAGGCAUGAUUCGUGUGUCCUCACUAUCAUCUUAUUUUCAUGAUAUUUUACGACAUAUUGUAGAAAAUCGUUCCUCGUACACUUCAUUAGUAUGUGACAACACUUCCUAAUGUUCUAGAUAUUCAAGUCCUUUAUCAUUAUGUAGAAUUAAAAGCUGGAAUGUUCCUUUCAUCAUUUUGAUGUUUCUAUAUGUUACCCAUGGUUUUCUUUUUAAUCGGUUUCUUUGGACACCAUCUACAUGUAUCCACCACUGGCUAUUUAACCCAUCCCACCUGGACAACAUCACCUAACGCCACCUAGGGAACAAAAACCAAGCCUAACGCCUUUGACAGACAAAAAUGCGGUUGUAACCCCUGUAGAUAUAUUUCCUGUUCUUCGUCCACCCACCCUGAAGUUGUUUCAACGUAAAUUUGUUCGAAUAUUAUCAAGACACUGUGCAUUCAUGUACAGCAUGCUGGCCAACAUACAGUCCUAAUCACAAUUGACAUCCGUCCUGCUUCGCGUCAGUGACGCGCGACGUACCAACAUACGCGCAAGUUGCAUGCCGAGUUGUGCGUCAAUGACGCACCAGUGACGCGCUUCUCACUAUGUUUCGCUUAAACUUUGCACGACUUACGCAUGACCUACGCGCUGGGUAGCGCGUCAAUUACGCGCCAAUGACGCGAAUUUAGGGAUGUCAAUUGUGAUUUGGACUGUAAGGUGAGUUACAUUGCUUGUUCAGUUCAGACACGUUGGCUGAACAUACUUACAUCUUCACGCCAGGUUGCUGUACGUGAAUGUCUUUGCGAUUUUUUCAGCAAAUUUGAGUUGAAAAGCACUUUACCUUGGAGGAAUCCACGCUAGUUUACAAUCCAACUCUCACCUUUGUCAGACUUGCCAAAUCUAAAUGUGCUUAUGCCUCAAAUACCCCCAAUGAUUCUACCAGUUUCUCCUUACCCUGCCCUCCUUUUAAUCUCGAGAAAAAAUGCAGAACUAAGUCGUGAAAAACCUGAGUUGAAACGCAGUCGAGAAUGGAACAUUGAAAGAAGCUUGCUUGGAGAAUACGGACACAGUGGACACGACAAGCCAUCGAAUUCCGGUCAUAAGUGUAAUUUCGAGCUUUGGAAAUAAAUGUUUGAAAUCGAUAUGAUGAUUUUGCGUGAAUUAUUCUGGUUGGCAGGAAAUGAUGAUCUCGAAAAGAGAUGGCCCUGUUGACAUUGAUUGGAUGUUCUAUGUCCGGAGAGAGAAAGAUAUGUGUUGCUGGAGAAAUGAGCUGGUCGCUAUGGAAUCUUCCGGUUGCCUGGAAAUACUCCUGCUGUCGGCAGGGAAUAUUUCUUCUGUCUUCUCAUAUAUGGAGUCUACAGGAUACUCAGGAGGAGCAAUGGAUAUAUAAGAAUUUGAGAAGUUCGCAGCGGAAAGAGCGCCCCCUAUUGAAUUGUUGGUUAAGGAUCAAAAUUGAAGAGGGACACGUGGAGAUUUGGAUUACCGGUAUUCUAAUUAUAAGGCUGAGGUGGAUGACUUAAUGAAUGGUGUUAGACAACAAUCAUCAACCUUUGAAUAGAAGGGUCUUCCAUUGUGAUUUGAAUAAAGAUCAAUUCUGAUCUUGAACUUAGUGGGCAGAACUCGAGGUUAGACAUCAACACUUUCAAUGAACGGCAUAGACAUGGAAUCCCCAGAACAGCAGCAGAUCAAUGGCACGUCGACGAGCGUCACCUUGCGAAUGAUAAUGCAAGGAAAGGAAGUUGGAAGUAUUAUUGGGAAGAAAGGCGACAAUGUCAAAAGAUUUAGAGAAGAUAGUGGUGCUAAAAUAAAUAUAUCUGAUAACUCAUGUCCAGAGAGAAUCGUCACAGUCAUGGGAUCGACAGAUGCUGUUGUACGAGCAUUUUCCAUGAUCGCCAGAAAAUUUGAAGAGCUCUAUUCUCCGUUACAGGACGUACAGGCACCACCUGGGCAGAAGCCGUCUAUAACACUUCGGCUCAUAGUCCCAGCAAGUCAGUGCGGCUCACUUAUCGGCAAGGGUGGCUCAAAAAUUAAAGAAAUCCGAGACGCGAGUGGAGCCUCAGUCCAAGUAGCCAAUGAAAUGCUGCCAAACUCAACGGAGCGAGCAAUUACCAUAUCCGGACCGUCAGAGGCGAUCACCAAAUGUAUAUUUCACAUGUGUACUGUUUUUGUGGAGUCCCCCCCUAAGGGAGCCACCAUCCCUUACCGUCCAAAACCGCCCAUGCCGCCAAUCAUUUACUCAGGGGGUCAGGCCUUCGCGUUACACGGACAGUUUGCUAUGCCAGCUCAACCUGCAGACUUUUAUAAUCCAGUGGCGGACUACGGCCAGUUUCUUCAAGACCCAUUAGCCAUCAAUCAGAUGCAAAAGCUCCAACAGAUGGCGUUACCACAGGCGGCCCCGACGCCGGCUGCCCUACCGUAUCAGCUCCCGGCGCAGGUUACCGGCACCCCAGCCAUCAUGGCCGGCACAGGACCCGCAUCAACACAAGCAUACAUGUCUGGUCUGAACUGUCUUGCUUUUCCACGUCCAAAUCAAGUAACGGCCAACAGUAACCCUGUGACGGCCACGCAUUCACAUGAGAUGAAUAUUCCCAACGAUCUCAUUGGUUGUAUAAUUGGCAGGGCUGGUUGCAAGAUAAACGAAAUAAGACAAUUUUCAGGUGCUACAAUUAAAAUCUCUAAUUGUGAAGAAGGAAGUUCGGACAGAAAAGUUACAAUUCAGGGUACACCAGACACAAUCAAUACUGCACAGUAUAUGAUUAAUGCAAGCAUGGAGUUACAUAAGAGUCUGGCCCUCGCCAAUCCCGCAAACGCCGCAAACGUAAACACUACUCCCACUUCUACGACCUUGACCCCUGCUCAGAACCCUGCCUCCCUGGCCAUUCCAUUGCAGCAGUUGAUGAAGCCGUUUCCACAGGCGUUGCUCGGAUUAAACAUGGGCUUAUUCGACGCCAACUCCAACCAAAAACUAACGCAGAAAAUGAGACCAGGAUUAGUUGUUCAGCAGAACGGGGCUGCUAUCAGUUCCAAGAAAACUGACCCAAGACAAAAGUUUGCGCCAUACUGAGGUCGUGUGGAAGCAUUUUAACAUAGUCUCGCCAUUGUGUCUCUGGUCGUUCUGAAAUGACAUUGCAUUGCUGUGACGUCUACGUUACGACGACAUGUGCUGUCAAACUUGGAAAAUUUGCAUUGUUGGCAUUUGCUGCAAAUGACGCAGCCGCAAUGUCAAUAACAGUCGAUUUGAAAGACCAAAACCAUAAAACAGUGUGUGUUUCCAUAUUUCAUACAUGUACCUGUAUGUAUAUUGUGUAUGGACACGUAUCAUACAUGUAUAACACAAUGCAUUUUCAUUUCGGGAAUGUGCCAUUAGCACACGCCAAUCAUGACAUUGAUUGAACCCUUACAGGUGCCACCUGGUCAAAGCCAAUGAAACUCCGAUUAUUCUGUGAUAUCUAAAAUGUGUGCUUUUGAAAGAGACAAAUGAUAAUGGGGCCGCCCUGUAUAGUGUCUUGAUCGGGAGGAGUUGAACAUCACGAUCGGCUGGACUGACCUUGACCCUUGGUCAGGUGGUGUCGGUAGGGGUGAUCAUAAAGUGUGUCUCGGAAUGAGAUACGUCCUAAAUACUGUUGAUUCAAUUUUCCAUUUCUUAAGCCGAUCUCAAAAGUCAAUAUAUUAUAUUAUAUAUUAUAUUAUAAGUAUUUGAAAAAUUACUCAAAUUUGGAAAAUGCAUUGUCUAGGAGAGCUAUAGUCUUCUCCAGUUAUUGUAAUAGUUAUAAUUAAUAAGGAUUUAGCAAUUCAUUAUUAUUAGUUUGGUAGCUGGUGGUUGAUUGCUAGGAAUUAUGAUUAGUCACCAACAAGUGAUUAAUUGCCAAAUAGCGAUUAAUUACCGAUUUCAAGUGAUAAUGAUUGAUUACUAAUAUUCAUUAUUAAUGAUUAAUUACGUUUUUGAGAAUAUGUAGGAGCAUAUCAGAAUUUUGUUUAACAAUGAAAAGAAUGCGACUCUGGCCAAAGAAAUCUAUAUUUUGUGGAGUCGUAAAAAUAUACAAGACUUAAACAUAUCUACUUAAACGUGGACAUUUAGACAUAUGCUCCAUUGUCACUUAGUUAUGAGCAAAGUAUUAGCUCUCAAAGUAGGUCACCCUAAACAGUGUCCACCAGCACUAUCAAGGUUUAAAGUCGUCUAAAUGAAAUUGUCAAAAACAAACAGGCCAUUGGACAUUUUGUUGUAAGAUAAGAGAGUUGUGGCCUAAAAUUACCAGCAUCCACCAGCCCUGCAACGGCCAUCAUGGAUUCAGCUCGGAGGAAAUGAUCAGGCUUUCAACUGACUGGACUAUAGUGAUUUUAGACACUUAUCUCCCUUAUCUUUCGCCCAAGUGUCAAGAAAUGUGCAGGAAAUGUAUUAAAUAGCCCAGUUAUUUCGUUUCUGACUGCAAAAUUUUAUUUUGAAUACUUUCAACAUUACUGGAUUGCUGAUGCCGGGUGCUGUUUAGGAUGACUACUCCAUGUUGAUUGCUACCCUACCUUAGCCAAAAGCACCAUGUUAUACAUGUACUUAGCUGGCCUGAGGUGAAAUCGACCCCAGUUUGGUUGGCCUCGGCACCGGUAUACAUUUGUAUGCUACUCGGUGCAUGGAUACACUGGUGGUUUUGGCAAGCAUUGGAUGGAAUCGGCAUUAUUGUUUGGAAUUACGAAGAGGGUGCUUUCUGGCAGAAUUUUCAUGCAUUGUUCAAAAACUGCAGCAGUUUUACAACACGUAAUAUCACUCUUUAUAGUUACAGUUAUAAAACGUUGGGGUGGCAAGAAAAUUACCAUUUAUUUUAUGAAACUUGGUGUGGAGCUUGGGAGUGGCAAAUUCAUCCAUGGAGAAUUGGUCUUGUGGGGCGUUACCUGAAUGAGUGUCUAGUUGUUGUUGUGCAUUGAUCGUCAGUUGUUCCAACCCCUCCACCAAAGUUGUCGCUUAUCCUCGUCCGGCUGGGCCUGUUUUGGUGAAAUCGCGACCAGUGUCUUUAUUUCACUUCUGUGGUGAAAAAUGGUGUUUGGUGUGUCCACCUAUUGAACCAAACAUUCGAUGUGUUGCCACACUGUUUGAUGUCAACGACUGCUGGAACUUUGGGCUUUCAUUGUCACCCUUUUAGGUACCUCUAAUUAUGUCAGUGUGUUUGGUACCUCAGUGUAACACAGUUUCUACCCAUUUGGUACGUCAGCGUUGCACCUUUUCGAAAAUUGUCUCUGAAAUGUCAUCCUUAUGGUAUGUCUCUAAAUCCUGAUGAAGAUCACCUUAAACUGCUGAUUUCAGAUGUAAAUGUUGUCAUGGAGAUGUAAAUGUGGGCCGGUGAGAUAUUCUGUCCACUUCAUCCGUCGUUUGCUAAGAAUUUGAAAUUUGUAAUUGAUUUGGAAGAUUUCCAAUUGCUUCAAUACAUACUAAAUACAAAUUUCAGCAUAGCCAUUGUGGCAACAGAUAUACAAAUAAGAUACAUACCAAGUUUCAGCAAAUUUGCAUGCAUAGUAGCUGCACCAAGGCAAUGUAUAUAAAGGCAUUCCUAUUUUCCUGGGCCACCUAAUGACGAACUGAGUACCCCAUUAAGGGAUGUAACUAAAAAAAGAUUUCAGACAAUAAUUGACCUAUUUUGUGGUAAUGCCACAAAAAAAUAUCCAAAAUGCUUGCACAAUCCCACUGGCCAAAACUCCAUUAUCAUUUUUUACCAUGGAACAUAUGAUAAACAUGAGUUUAGCUUCUGUUUGAUAAAUGGGGGAUAUAUUACUAACAUAUUUGGGCAGGAUUAUUUAUUCGUUUGGUGAUUUAAAAAUCUGGUUUUGGAAUUUGCUAUGAAAAUUCUGCUUGUUAGCAUUUAUUCUGGUAUUUGUGGCCGAGCCACGCGUGCUAUCGUUUUGCUGCCAUAUCGUGUAUAGCUAGAUAGUAUACAGCACCCUCUUUUGAAAAACUGCUGGUAUUAAUAUAUUUAUGGUUCGUUCAGAUUUCAUGUUAGCUCUAAAUGUAGGUUUCAGUUUUUUCUGGGCAGAAAUGAAGAAGACUGAGACUUUGGAAAAUGUUGCUUCAAGUGGAACGACACCGCAUUGCUAUUUUAAAGGGACAACUUGGGGAUGAGAUUUGUUGGUUUUUCAUUCGAAAACGGCACCCAGUUUGGCCGUGACUUUUUAGACAGAAUGCUUGAAAAAUCACAAAACUGAAAUAAACAGUGCACUUGUUUGGAGAGUAACUGUAGGCUUACCUAAAAUUCACAGCCAUGGCCAAAACCGCCUUUUAAUCAUUAAUAGUGCUUUAUGGUAGUGCUUCGUGUGGCGCCAUUUGGCAGUAAACAGAGGUGUUACCCUCCUUGUCACUUAAAUCCCCUGAGUUGUCCCUUUAACAGAGAAUUGGGUCCCAGCAAAAUGUUCAGUCUUCCUUUCAUUUCUGUGACAGUGUCGUUUGAGAUAGUGUACAGUGAAUGCCUAUGUACUGUGUGCAGCUUUCUCUUGUAGUAAAAAACCAGAGAAAAAAGUGUAUUUCAUAAAAUACAAGUUUUGUGUGUUGUUCACGUUUCUGCUACAAGAGGGAGCUGUUGUAUUUCUGAAGUUAUAAUUAUAAAGUCACAUGAUCAGGGGUUUAAAUUGCAACCUCAUUACCGGGAUUGAUGUGUAUGCCAAGGUUGAUCUGACCCUUUUAGACCUUGUCCCCAGGUUUUCAUACAGUGGUGCUGAGUUCAGCCGAAAGAUAGACACAUUGGUCCUGGGGAUGAGGUUGUCAUCAGUUUACAUUCCCUGUCUGUUGUUUUGUCGAUUACGUAGUAUUUUAAUUUCUGUGCGUUUAGUUCUUGUACAUUUGUAGGAGGCAGAUAUUAGAAUAAUUACUCGGAUUGAUUCUUAAUUUAAUUGGUACUUUGAUUGACACGUCGUUAAGAUUAUUAUUAAUUAUUGAUAUUAUAAUAGAAUGUUAUUAUAGAGAAUCGUAUGCGCCAAAUGGCCAAAAUUAAGAUAAAGAUAUUUUUGAAAUGAAAUUAUAUGAUUAUUAUAAUGAACUAGUCAAAUCAUACGUGUGUUUGUUGACUUUCAUGUUGUGGCAGAGGUCAUGUGACAGUCAUGUGAUCUGUAGAUUCUUGCCAAUUUUCUCAUAAAAUGAAGCAUGCUCGUUGCUGAUAAGUGUGACAUACGUUUUCUGUGUCAGACGUCCUCCUUUAAAGUGAUGAAUCCAUUAUUACUUGCAGUGAGUGAUCCAAUGUUUCAAGUUCUUUCUGAAUCUUAAGAGACUUGUUGUCUUGAACAUGGUCUGCGUCUAAUUCUUCCUUGACAGACCGCUUCAGUACUUUCCUGUAUUUGGCUGGAGCGUAACAAGCCAUAUUGUGUCAAAACAGUCAGAAGGAGCGAUGUGCGAUGUGCUACAUUCUUGGACAGAAGUAUAAUUAGUGUCACAAAAAAAGGAUAAUUAGUAUCCCAGUAAACUAAGCUAUGGGACUGGCUGUAUCAGACAUAUCCAUCAGAUUCUAAUGUUGUCUUUAAAAAUAUUACCUGUGAAGUGUUUUCUAAUAUCAUUAUUUGAGUCUUGUCCAGUGUUGACGGUCACCAUUUUGAUAUAAAGUCACAUGAUCUCUGCAUGUUGUAUCUUCUCCCAGCACUUUUUUGGUUUCGUCAAGGUCACAGAUACUAGAAUGGGAAAGCGCUCCUAAAUAAAGAUCCUUGACUUGCUAGUAAUUGGAAAAGAUCACCUCACUUUAAGAGUGAAGUCAUCUGGUGAUGAUUAAAGAAAAAACUGCUACAUUGCCCUGAAUUAAGAUUUUAAGAAUUUACGAUAUGCUGAUUUCUCAAGUUGAGGUUCUUCUCGACGUGAUACUUCCUGAAUUCUCUAUAUUUGUGACAAUGAUAUAAUCAAUGCAAAGGCUUUUAAUAUUUCUUUUGACAAUUUGUGAAGACUUAUUUUCUUACCUGUAUGUUUCUAUGCUCUUUCUAGGAUAUCAACUGAAGUUUGUGGAAUGGGCAUCCGCUAGUAAAGCGCCGCAGAAAUAAAGAAUAUCAUUUGUUAUUUUAUGAGAAAGUUUGUGCAACAUGAUCACAUAAUGGUGGUUAAUUUAUUUAUCAUUACUAGACCAUGGGCUUUGUCAAAUUUUAUAUAGACUUUGAUGUGUGUUUGGCUGGCUUGCUCUUGGUUACCACGGCAAUGGUUGCUAUGCAGGUUACCAAGGAAAAUUAAUUUCUAUUAUAGGUUACCAGGGCGACACAGGGUUGCUAUGCAGGUUUCUAGGAAAAAAAUCAUUUCUACUCUUAGUUACCAAGGCAAUUGAUCGUUGCUAUGCAGUUUUAACAAAAAAAGAAAAUUUCUGUGCUUGUCAAAAGGAAAACUCUUGGUUCCUAGUAACUGGGUCACGUGGUUGCUGAGAAAGCAUGUUUGCUAUGGCUAUGACCUUGAAAGAAAAGGAAUGCUUUUCAACAGGUUCGUAUGAAAAAAUAUGUUUAUGUGGCAGCCAGUACUUAAUGUUUUAUUUACAUGUAGUUUUAAUGCUCUCUAGAUGGUCUUUAAGUUCUUCUAUUUAAAAGUUUGAUAGAUCAAUUUGUAUUUGGUGCUUUUGAUGAAAGAUCACAACUAAAAAUUUAUGUAAAUGACAUGUACUUAUAGAAAUUUAGACAAAGAAAGAACACUUUACUCCUGAGGCAGUCUGAGUGAUCUCGAUCUUGAUAGAAUUCAGUGCAGCUGUAUCGGCUGCACUGUUCUGGUUUCAUCCAGAUUGUAUUGCCAAUUUGACGGCAUCUGCCGGGGGCACGUCAGCCAAUCAGGUCAGAGCUAACAGGAUGAUGUCAUAUGUUAUAAGUUUUUCAUAUUCUUCAGACAACUCAAACAAUGGUGUGAAAAUUUAAUGAAUAAUACUGUGUGACCAUUACCGUAAGUUGUUUGAGGCAUGUCCAUCAGACAGAGGCCAAGACAGUUAGGCCUUGGUCAUAGAUUUUGCUCUAAUCAACAUAUUGUUACAUAUCAAUUAUCAAAAAAGAUUAAUAGGCCUAAAUAUUUUGAUAUUUUCCUGUUGAACUCAUUUUCAAAAACAAAAUUGAAAUCCUCAAACUCACAGAUUGACCAAUUCAAACUUAGAUAUUUACAAAAGGUUUCAUAACAGUGCCAUGAGGCCCAAUUUUACUCUGGAAGUUUUUCCAAAGGUUAGUGAGAAUUAUGCUAGAUGCUAGGUUAUUUGUAAAAUCUUCACACCUUUGGUUCUGGAGUUUGCUUGGAUUGUACCCAAUUUUACUCAAGGAUGCAGAACACAAACUUGUAUAGAAUAGGACACUGAAGUCUGUUCCCAAAACUAUUACAGUACUCAAAAUUCUAUGGGCUCAAAGUUAGCUUUACUCAGCUGUAUAAGACUCUAAACUGAUGUACUCAACAUUUCAGCAAAGGUACAGUUUAUGCAUCCUUGAAAGUUACAUCAAGAAAAAAGGUAAUAUAGGUCAAUACAUUGGUUGGGUUAUAAAAAGGUGAAAUCCUUCCAUUUCUACUGAAGUGGACUCCUCCAAAUUCUGAUGAUAGAAAAGACCCAUUUUGGUCAUAUAGGGGUGAUGGAUAUUGGCAUUAUGAAUCAUUGUGUGUUGAAAAACUUUGUGUCUUUUCACUAUUUUGUUUGUUUGUGAAUGAAUAAAAUUGCCUACGCUGUCACACCUGAGCAUUUCUUGAUAAGUGAUAUUCAUUUAAUAAACAUCAGCAUCAAUUAUACCUAAUUUCAAUAUUUGCUUGUGGUAUAGAUGAAAAUACGUUUCAUCGGAUGGUAAUUAUUGUAAUUAGUGAUUGCUGAUGUUAAUCAUAUAUAGGGUGGGCCAAAAAACGAGUGUCCACACUUUCACCACCCAAAGACCCGAACCACCUUUUCAGGAGGAUGGAGAAUCCUUCUUGAAGAGAACGAGACUUAGACAUCUCAAUUCAAUUGAGUAGUUCCAGCUUUAGGGUCAAUAAAGCAGAGUUGGAAGUAAUUUUGCAGAUGUUAAAUUCAAUUUUUUCUUAAAGCUCAGGUCCCCUCCUCGCAAAAGUAGCUCUGGCUAAAAGUGCUGAACUGAAUCAAGUUAUCUUGGUGGAAUUUAUCUUCUGGGAAGAUUUUUUAUCUGCUUGUGCUGGUAAUUUGGGUCUCUGUGUGGUUGAAGUAUGGUUGUUGGUGUUUUUUUGGGUCGCGCUGUAUUUGAUUGGUCUAUAACUAACUUUCAUUAUAUUCAGCCCUGUAUUAGUAUUUUUGGUCAUUAUCUUUGACAAUUUUAGUAUAGAUUUAUUUAAAGCUUCCAAGAUAUGUUGAGGGAUUUGAACAGAUUAUAUUAUACGAGUUGUGAUAUCAUCUUAACGCACAUUGGUUAUGAAAUUGCUGGGCAAUUGAGAGGACACUUGAAUCUUGCCAACGCCUCAAGAAGAUUUGAAAUGAGCCAUGACAAAUUGAAUGGGAGGUUUAGGCCCAUUUUAUAUGACGGAAGAAACAGAGGUACCGUUUUCUGGAUGCGGUGGAUUUUUAAAAAGUAAACACUCAAGAUGGAUGUGUCCUUGAAAGGUCAUGGUGACAUUCCUAGUUACUCAGGGUGGGAGGGUUUGUUUUGAGAGAAACUGACAUAUUUCGGACCAAGCCCUGUUUCAUAUAAUCCUACUUAGGUAGACCCAUGUUAGUGCUCUUACCAAUAACUAAUAGUAAAUAGUUCCGCAAUAUAAGCGCCAAGAAAUCUGUUUUUCUGAAAAUUGUACUAAAUCGUGCUCCAGAGAUCGAUUUCCUCCAAAUGUGACUUGGUUGAGCUGUCUAGUUCUACGUGUCCUAGUUAUAACACGAAGAUGGCGCCCCAACCACGCACCUCUUCCUACAGUCUUGCCUAUCUUUACCUUGCCACAAUUGAACUUACAUACUCAUCCAGCUCUUCCUCUGGUAUAAAAUUGUUGUACAGUCAAUGGGUGAUAGUCGUCCAUUUAGGGAACAUCAUAAAAAUAUCACAAAUUAAUGUUUGCCCACUUCUGGGGAAAUACUCAUGUCUGAAGUUUUUUGAAGAGUCUUUUUAACCCAUGCAUCUCCAUCAACAAGUUUUAUGGGCCCCUUUAUAAUUGGACUCUAUGGCAGCAGCUGGGCAGGCAAGAUAGAGUUACACAAAGUUGCCAAAAGGGGUCUCUCCCACUCAAAGUACGUCAAAACUAUUCACCCUUGUACGAGGAAUAUAUUUAGUGAUGAAUCAAACAUGAUCUAGCACCCUUACUGUGCAUAUUAGUCACCUGAAGAUGGCCAAUUUAACCCCACUGCUCCUGCCUAUGGUCCCACUUUAUGAAGCUAUGUUUAACGCGACUAACAUCGCAUUUCUGUGACUUUGUGUGCAUUACAUUUUCAGUUGGUGGAUAGCUUUGAUUUGCUGUACAAACUCUCGCUUGCUACCAGUCAGUGUGUGACAGCGUAGAACUGGGCUGUUGCCGGGGUUGUUGUAUUUCAAACACUAAGAUGUAUUUAAUACGGUUGAUCUUGAUUAUGUAAUUAAAUAUACUGUACAGAGUUCGUGUUAGCAACUUUGUACAUGUAACUAGUUCGAUGAGUUCAUGCUGAGCUGGCCUAACUUUGUUGUACAUAUCCUAAAGUUAUACAUACACAGAUGUACACAAAUCUUUACCAGCUUGGAUUGAAUUGAAUCGGCAUAUUUUGUGUUUUCAGCAGAUUUCACUUUGUACUUAAGUUGUGUUGAUUCAUGACAGAGGCUCUUUAAUUCAGUCAUUAUUUAUUCAACUUCAUCAUUAAAGUUUAUUUCUCUGUAAGAGAUUUCAAGGGCAAUUCAUUAAUAUCCAUAAUCUUGCAAUAAAUGUUCUCUGUGUGAAAUCUAUUAGACAUGAUAUUUCUUUUGUUUCCGAACAAAUAUUGGUGACCUAUCUCUAAAAAUUGUUUUAUUGUCAAUGGAAAUUUAGCCAUAAGUUAACCCUGCAUCUAAAAUGCAUAAAUUUUUCAUGUCUGAAGGUACCAAAUAGGAGAGAAAUUUCAAGGAUCGAGGAAAUAAUUAUAAUUAGUUAUAAUUCAAUUACGAUAAUUUUUUUAAAAUUGUGAUUCUUGCUUAUUUAUUUUGUGGUUGUGAUUUCUGGCGAAUGGGAUACAACUUGCAGAUAUAUGUAUAUGUGUCGUUUAUGAGCGAAUGCUAAAUGGGUAAAGCUGGUGUGAUAAACAGAAGUAAAAGUGAACCUUGCUCCCCUGCAAAGCUGAAUAGACUGACCCAGUCGGUUCGGUGGAACUACUUGUACCAUUGAUUAUAGGGGUGCAAGGUUAAUUUUGAAGAGUUUUAUACUCAGGCAAGUACCAUGAGAGAAAUACCCCAUAGUUUCCCCGAUAGCCACAACUCCUCUAAUUGCAAUCAUUGGGCGAAUUUCGUUGGAGCAGUACAAUAGCCCUACCACUGCUCCGAUCAGUAUUUAUUGAGCAGUUGAUGCAUGAUCAAGUCAUUCGUGAGUUUCUGGAAGGAAUCCUAUUGCUGGCCCUAUUGUCAACAUGUUUAUUUGGCCAAAUCUAGCUAACCAAGCUGCCCUGGACUUUUGAGCAGUCAAUGAGAAGCCGAUUAAAAAUUAUAGAAGAAAAGAGCACUGCUUGUGCGAAAUCCCCUUUUACCUCUUAAACAUGUGUUAUUUCCCAAAAGGCAGCUCCCACUCCUCCCUUGUGUGACUUGAUCCCUUAGUCCACUGAAAUUCUACGAUAGGGCGCUGUCUUCUCACGUAGAUAUUAACCCUAGUGUGAUCUGUGAUAAGAUGAUUUUUCCGUGGAAAUAUACUGUAUAUACUGAUGAUAAAUACCUCAAUUUCAUGAGUAUAUUCUAUAGUGUAGAUGGCUCCUUCAGACAUGUAGAUUCUAUGCUUGACCAUAUCUAUGAUUCGAAAACUCAUAUCACCAAAUGUGGUGUUUCUUAUCUCUUUUAAUUUCCAUUCUCAAGGCAGUGUUUCAGUUUUGAUGGUGAUACCUGUUUCAAAAAGAACCUGUAUAAAUUCUCAAUGGCAAACUCAUUCAAGUUGGAGUAGGUCAUCCUACGCCGUGGAAUACUGUCUUAUUGUCUUACGUUUGAAAAACGGCCAAAGAAUCUGUGAAAUAUUGGCCAUGUAGAUUGUUAUGUAUUGUGUCAUUUCUGUAGGAAGCACAUGAAAAAAAACACUGCUGAAUUCGCCGACCCUUCUGCCUGUCGCUCAAUUAUCUAGGGGCUCAGGAUAGUUCACAAACGUAUAACUAUUUCAGACUUCAAGGUUCUGGUUUGGGAGGAUGACAUUGAGCUGUUUGGAAGUGGGUCUGGGGACCCAAAGAUGAAUGGGUUACAGGCAUCUUGUAAAAUGACAUUGACGUGUUUGAUAUUUUUCUGGUACGUUUUUGCCAUUUUCUUUUACAGUAUUAUACAGAAGACUGGAGAUUAAUUCAUAACUAAACAACAUGCUGACCUCUGUUGCCAUGGUAACUACUAGUUAACAUGGUUACGGUGUUCCCAUGACAACGAUGCUUCCCGUAAAUCAUUGCUUCCUUCAUUGGUCUCUGUCAUUACAAUCUGUGGAUAUGUUUUCCGAUUUUUGUCAUAAUGUUUGUUCAUUUGAAGGUCAAGUCCAAAUCCACAAUGGUAAAUCUAAUUCUUUUAACUUCACCUGAUGAAAGCAUUAUCAUGUGUUAAAGGCCAAAAGAUGAGUGUUCAGAAAAUGUUUUCAUUGGAAGUCACUCUUGGCCGCUCACUUUAAGACUGACGUGCGGCUUUGAGAGCAUGAGUCCGAGAGAACAUAAUCAGAUUUUGUGUCCUCAUAUUUACCUUCCUGCAUUGGCGGCAAGUACCAAUCGACCUAUCUGAAAUGAGGGGAUUAUUUUUCCAGAAAGUAUUAAACCUGCGAAGUGAGAAAAAAGCAUGUAGCUGUCUCAGGAUUUUUCCUUGAGAUAUCGGAAGAACAUUUCAUGACCGUCAACUGGGCUAACUUGACAUACGCAUUAUUAUAUGUACUGGUUUGCUGACUCAAGUAACUUGAAGUAAAAAUGUUUUGAAUUUUACUCUUUAAAUUGAGAGAAAACUUAUGUACAGAAACAUUUCUAAAUCUGUUGUGUAUAAUUUUAAUUAACAACUUUAUUAUUAAUUGAUUAUUGCAUACAAAUAUUAACUGGUCCGUUUGUGUCGUAUUUGUGUGAGUACCUAGGAGCCUGUCGGUUGCUACAAGUGAUGGCAAUUUAUUACCAGGAAUUGGAGGCCUCUUACCAUGCUUACGUGAGGAGGUAUUUGACACUCACAGAAAGUUGCUUACACCGGAAGUCUAAAGCUACAUGCACAUGACAGAAAAAAAUACAGAAAUAUUGUUUUGCAUCAAUUCGUCUGUGGGGUGUUGAUGACCAUGUUCUCAGAUAUACAACAUGCAUUAUACUUUUGCCGAGAAUAUUUUUUCUGUUUCUGUCCAUCGUGUGGGCAAGGUGCAAAACUUUUCAAAUAAUUAUUUCACAGCAAAACUGCUUCUUUGCCCAUUUGAUAUGUUAUUCAAUAUUGGGAAUUGAAGGUGACUGGACAGCCGGCAGCUUGGUAAAAAUGUCCUUAAUGAUACCAAUGAUCCUUUACGACUUGACCAAUACAGGAUUUUAUCAUGGGGUACCUUGUGAUUUCAUUCUCCUGGUGAUAAAUACUCUCACUUGUAGCUACAUGUCUCAUGUACAUCAGCGCAUGUGGUCAUGGAUUAACACCCAUUUGUCUACAGGAAAUAUAGUGGUCGUCAACAAAGACCACGUUAUGUCUUCAAAAGCCUAUGGUCUUGUAUUACUCAACAUGGUAUUGGAGUCAAUUGUUCUGUUUCAAAUUUUGGUGAGACUAGUCAUUUCAAUAAGAUUUCAUUUGCUGGGAUAAA